CUUCAAAUCUCGUCUGUUUCAUAGCAGAGCACCCAAAGACGAGAGAGAUUGCCUGGAGAGCUUAACUUGAUCAUCAUGGUGCUCCCAAAAUCCAGAAAUGCCGUUGGGCUGGGGAACAGCCUGAUGAAUGACCGUUUCGGCAAAGGCAAAGCUUCAGAUCGGAAAAAGGUCUCAUACAACGCUGCUGCAAUUCGACGAACGGGCCCGGGAGGAGAAACAUACAUCACGAAUCCCACAGAAGAAGCAUCAUGGGUUAAAAUGCGAAGCAUUACGGAGCAGGCUGCGCUAGAUGAAUUCCUCAGCACGGCGGAGCUUGCAGGAACGGAUUUCACUGCUGAGAAGAUGAAUAACGUCAAGAUUAUCCACCCCGACCAGAAAAAUCCCUACCUGCUUUCCGCUGCAGAUGAAAGAACAGCUGUAAGCAAGCAUCAGCGGAAUAAAAAUCGGCUGACGGUGCCGCGACGACCGAAAUGGAACUCGAAAACAACACGACAGCAACUAGAUAUCAUGGAAAGAGAAAAUUUCAUUGAAUGGAGGAGAGGCCUGGCUGAGUUGCAGGAAAAUCAAGAUCUUUUGAUGACGCCUUUCGAGCGAAACAUCGAGGUAUGGAGGCAAUUAUGGAGAGUCAUUGAGCGAUCGGAUUUGAUCGUACAGAUUGUCGAUGCCCGCAACCCUCUACUCUUCCGAUCAGAAGACUUGGAAAAAUAUGUGAAGGAAGUUGACCCAAAGAAGAGAAAUUUACUGUUAGUCAAUAAAGCGGAUAUGAUGACGCCACACCAAAGGGAACUUUGGGCGGACUUUUUUGAGUCCCAGGGCAUCAGCUACAAAUUCUUCUCAGCAGCAUUAGCGAAAGAGCAAAAUGAAGCGAAGUUAGACGAAGGGGUGGAAGACGACGCUUCAGUAGUUGCUAAUUUAGUGAAGCGUACGAGUAAGGCCGCUCUAGACGAUUCCGAGGGAAAUUCUGAAGAUGACGAUUCCGAAACUGACGAAAGCGGUGGCAUUCCUCUCCCGGCUGAUCCGAGUGAGUCGAGAAUUCGGAUUCUCUCAGUUGACGAACUCGAAUCCUUGUUCCUUGAAGCCGCACCUACCCCUGACCCUCAAAUUGACGGUUCUGAAUCCUCAAAGAAGGUCACCACCAUUGGGCUUGUUGGGUAUCCGAACGUCGGGAAGUCAAGCACAAUCAACGCUUUACUCGGGGCAAAGAAGGUCUCUGUGUCAGCAACCCCAGGCAAAACAAAGCAUUUUCAGACCCUUCACCUCUCCCCUACUCUUGUCCUAUGUGAUUGUCCUGGUCUCGUGUUUCCAAACUUUGCCACCACCAAGGCCGAGCUUGUUAUCAAUGGCGUUCUGCCCAUCGACCAACUGAGAGAGUAUACUGGCCCAGCAGGACUCGUUGCUCAGAGGAUCCCAAAACACUUUCUCGAAGCUAUAUAUGGCAUGAAGAUCCACACGCGCCCCAUCGAAGAAGGAGGAACAGGAAUCCCAACUUCUUCUGAAGUUCUCCGAGGAUAUGCGCGCGCAAGGGGCUUUGCAACUACCGGGCAAGGGCAACCUGAUGAGUCUCGCGCAGCUAGGUAUAUUCUAAAAGAUUACGUAAAUGGAAAGCUGCUCUAUUGCCACCCUCCUCCGCCAAUUGCAGACAGUGUGCCUUUAGAUCCGACGCAGUUCAAUCAAGGUUUAUAUGACCUUGCGCACCUUCCUCCUAAAAGACAAGCAGCAUUGCUUAACCAAUCUUCCAGCGCAUCUGUGUCUGGGUUUACGGACAGCAACGACGUGGAUACGAAUUCAGAUGUCAUGUCGCUCUCUUCGGCCCAGCCACCAUUUGAGGGCGCUCGGUCCCGAAACAUUGAUGCUGGAUUUUUUACCGCUGGUGGGAGUGGUUCUGCCGGUCACCUCAAGAUGCCGUUCAAUCACGUAUACACCGAGCAGGGGGCCAAGCAGAGGCAUAAGGAGCUUUCCGGACGGAAGGCAAGAACGAUGAUAGCACUGGAGAAGGGAGUUGAUGUCUCAGAGGUACAGACCUCUGGCAAGAAACACUUCAAAGGAGGAAAAAGGAAAGCAAAAGCGAAAGGCAAUACCAAAGAUGCCGAUGAUUUUUGAGUUAAACUAUUCCCUAAUGAUAUAUGCACCUCGCUUGAUGUUACGUGGAUGUUAGACCUUUCUUUCUUGCUCACGCAUA